AGUUGUCUGAAGAUCGGAGGCUAUUUGUCUAAAGAUCACACGGACGAGUUGUCUGGGGCUACUUGUCCAGGGGGCGAGUUGUCUGACAUUCAUGAGAAUAAUACAGAGCUUUGUGGGGGAAGGGAAGGGAUCAGGUGCCUAAUACUUUCGUUCGGACACAUUUGUCUGCCCUUUCCGACUUUUCUGAUAUCACUACAUGUAGCACUGGCCAUUGCAACUAUAUAUGCAUGCAUAAAUAUAUGAACCAUUUGCUGGGGGCGUUCCAAAUGUCAUCAUGUGAGAGGCCAUUUCUGGCUUUGCUAAGCAAUUUUAGCCUAUUUACUCCGGCUUAGUCAGUUAACUACAAUACUCUCAAGCAGAAUUAGUUAACACGUUUGCCAGCUGACUUAAGGUUGAAGUAUUAAUGAUGUAAUGUUUCUAAAGGAUAAUUCAAUUAAAGAAUUUGUUCCUUUUCGUCUGUAAAUAUAUGUUCAUCAGUGGGAGGAAGAGAGAUUUAAGGAAGCAGUCGUGAAAGGGAUAAGAGACUACUGCUAUGAGGAUGCAUGCAGUUACAAUUCAAGAAAUACAACCACUGCAAGGAAGUUAUGCAGCACCUUUCCAAAUGACUCCAACGCCGGUUCAGCUCAGAUCAGGGUCCUAAAGCAACCCGGAGAGUUUUCAGUUUUCAAUCAAACUAAAGUAGUUUUUUCACUUAUUCUUCAAUCCCAAUUCAAUUCAACCCGUUCGGUGGUGAAAAACAACACUUUGGAUUAUAUUGUACAAAAUAGUGUCUACUAUAUCAGUAAACAUUUAGGUGGUUACAAGGUUGUCUAUGUGAAUAGUAAACCUCCAUCAUCCGAAAAAGUUUGUAAUGAUACGGACAACAAGGAUAACAACAAUGAAAAGGAAGUUAUAAAAGAAGUAUCGACAGAAAAGGGAACCAUUGUCUCAACAGUAGAAUCAGCUGGAAUGAUCGCAGGUGGAAUCGUCCUCUUGGUGGUUAUCGUUAUCGCUAUCGCUGGCGUACUCGUUUGGCACGUUAAGCGUAAAAAUAGGAGUCGGGGAAAUCAUGGAGCCCGGGUGUAUUAUGAAGCCCAGAGGAGAGACAAUAUAGGAGGCGAAAUACAACCAGAGCACCAAUAUGAGGAAAUCACAGUUGUAGCUGAAACCAGAAAUGGUAACACACACGCGAUGGAUAGUGCGCUGGACUGUUGUGCGGGAGGUCGAGGGUUCGAGCCCCGGCUGGACCAACACUCAAGCCCAAACCAAUCAGGAAACGACAGAAUCUACCACAACAAAUGUAACGAGGAUGAACGAAAUAUGGGUAACUCAAGACAGAAACCGAACAUCAACCACACUCCUGUUUGGAAGAAACAUAAGAAUUUGGACAAAACCAGUGAAAUACACAUUAACCUCUUAAAUAAGAAGACAGACGGGCAGCGGUUUGAUGGAGCCAAUCGGAAUGCUGAUGAGAAAGAAAAGCAUGUGACCGCGCCGUCACUUUCAUCUGACACAAAACGUGGUGCUGAAGAAAAUGAUGAUGAUGAUGGUUCUGGCACAUGUGGGCCUGACAAACCAGUUCAAUGCACAGACGAUAUAGGCUCGAAAGGGACAUAAAUAACUUUUCAAUCAAUUAAAUGGGAGUGCAUUUCUAAAGUCUAUAUUCCCAUCGUCGUGUAACAGUUAUGUGAAGGUGUAGUCUGAUCGUCCGGGUGAGUGUAGUCCUGAGAAGGACUGUUGUCGGUGGCAGUGACUGAC